GGGAAACUGGGAGCAACUGGGGAGAACGGGGCUGUGUCCCUGAAGGUCUGGGGGGAGGCCGGUGUGCUGGUGACCCGCUGCCUGGGAAAGCCGGGCGGCCCCUAACGAGAGGUUAAGCCCCAGCGGGGAAGAGCGUAGCCUCAUCCAAAGCGGUGUCUUGCCCAUCAAUCGAUCGUCAGAAAGCGUCAAAUAUUGCGGGUCAAAACCAUCCUCACCACGGUUACCAGAAGCUGGCUGCCUCCUCCUCUUCAUCUCUGAAAUUCUUCGGCUCCUAAAGGGUUUCUUUUCUUUUCGUAGCGUUCCUGAAAUGCGGCGUUGACCUCCAGCUGGUUACGGCCGCCCCGGCCUUCCUUUCCCCCCACGCCUUCCACCAUGGCUGCCCACUUGGUGCGACGCUGCUGCUGGCGGCACUUCGGUGCCUUCAUCGCUGCUCCUUCGGCGGUCCCGGCCUCUCUGCUGGUGCCGGCUGGGAAGGUGGCGAUGGCGAGAGCUCUGCCUCAAGCGCCUUUGGCUUCGUUUCAUACUUCGAGCCCUUCCAGCUGGGCAGAUGGAUUCUCGGUCAAAGAGCAGGUGGAGGACAGCGGAAAUCCAGAGCACAAAGUGAUCAGGGAACUGAUUGAAACAGCCACGAGUCCUCAGGAACUCUUCCAGUUGACCAAACACCAUGCUCUUAACAGCAACGAAGCCUCACUAAUAAUUAUUCAACUUUCCCGGCUUGCAGCAUUAAAAAACCUGGAAACGGAGAGCAUCCUGCAAGAUGAGUGUUUCCAACAGGUCAUCAGCAUCAUGGAUUCCCAGAUUUCUCAGGUGUGGAAUAACACCUUGUUGAACCUCCUGAAGAGCCUCUACUCCCUGGGAGUGGACAGCAACAAGAGGGAGAUGCAGUCGGUGGAGCAGGAGGUGCUGUGGCGGCUGCGGCGCCUCACCUUCAGGCAGCUCGCCUCCCUGGCAGAGUUCUUCGCAGCCAAGCAGGUGAAGGAGAGCAGGCUGCUGAACGAAGUCAUCAAGAAGCUGGAGCUGCGUUGGACGGAGCUUGAGGGCACUCGGACUGUGGUGGCGCUGAUAAGCAAGGUCGGGCACAUCUCCCCGGCUCUGAUGGACCGGCUGGAGGACAAGGCUCUGGAGCUUGCUGAACAGUUCAACCCCGAUGACAUCCGGAAAAUAAGUCUAGCUCUAGCCUACCAGAACCGGCGCUGCGUGCCUCUGCUCCGAGCCUUGUCCUACCACCUGAUCCAGAAGCACUCUGAGCUCAGCCUCAACGUCCUGCUGGACCUGAUUUUUGCCUAUGGAAAACUGAAUUUCCACCAGCCCCAGGUCUUCCAGAAGAUAGCCACUGACCUGCACCCUCACGUUUCCACGAUGACGCCCGUCGAGGUGACGCGCUGCAUCAGAUCCUUCUCCCUCCUCAAGUGGCUCAACCUGCCGCUGUUUGAGGCCAUUGCACAGUAUGCCCUGGACAACACCAAGCAGCUGUCAGUCACCCAUCUGUGCAGUAUCAUCCUGUCUUUUGCUCGCCUGAACUUCCAGCCCAGCGGAAUCGAGGACUUCUUCAACAUGGUCCACGAGGUGCUCCAGGGCCAGCUGGACAGCCUGGAGCCUCACUUGCUGACAGACCUGGUGUGGUCGCUCUGUGUGCUGCAGCAGGCCAAGGCUCCCUACCUGCAGCGAGUGCUGGCACCUGCCUUCCACGCACAGAUCCGAGGCGACCAGUCCUUCAAGGCCCAGAAUUUACGGCUAAGGCUCAUCAACAUCAACGCUGCCGCCAGGCUGGAAAGCCCCAGCUACCAGGGGCCGUUCCUGCCGGUGGAGAUGCUGAGCGCCACGCAGCCAGUGGGGGAGAAGGUCACCCUGCUGCAGAGCAGCCUGCGGGAGGCAUUGUCGGGGGUGCUGGGGAGCCAGGACAACGGGCGCUUCAACGUACACACCAUCUAUGGCUGGCAGAUCGCCUCACGCCCCUCCGCCUGCUCAUCGCAGCUGCCCUGUCUUGUUCCCAUCUCCUCCCGCAACUUGACUCUGAAGGCAGAGCAGAAACCGCAGCCCAGGGCGUGGUUGUGGGUAGCAGAUGCAGGAGGAAAGCCCUUCUGCAGCCAAGCAGCACAAAGGCCGGUGAAAGGCUUCUGGCUCUGCCCUCCUUUCCCCUGCCGCACCCCCGGCUCCCACAGCCCGCCCCAGGCUCCCCCAGCUCCCUGCUCUCCUGCAGCCCUGUCAAAUUCGGUCCCUGCCUCCUCCGUGGCGGGGACCGGCCAACCGGCUGCCACAGCAACUUCUGUGGUCUGUUGGCCCCACGUCCCCUUCCUGUGGGACACUGGGGGAUAAAAUCAUGCCACGGACACGU